UACCGAUCAUCUCUGUCUGAAUUUCUUAAGUCUGUCACCGGCUUGUUUCCGAUUAUCGUGUUAAUUUUUUAGACGCGAUGGCGCAAAAUAAAUUUAGCGAGAUGGCCUCGCGUUUCGGCAAGGGCACGAACGGAGUGCCGAUGAGCGUAAAAGUCCUCGCUGCCGCCGGUGUCGCGGCUUACAGCGUCUCGAAAUCCAUGUACACAGUGGAAGCAGGUCACAGAGCUAUUAUAUUCUCUCGACUGGGAGGUAUCCAGAAAGAUAUUAUGACCGAGGGUCUGCACUUUCGUAUUCCAUGGUUCCAUUAUCCGAUAAUUUACGAUAUUAGAAGCAGGCCUAGGAAAAUCUCUUCGCCUACGGGUUCCAAAGACUUGCAAAUGGUUAACAUUUCCUUGCGUGUUCUCUCGCGUCCUGACGCGGCUACUUUGCCGGCUAUGUAUCGACAACUUGGUCUUGAUUAUGAUGAAAAAGUAUUACCAAGCAUCUGUAACGAAGUGUUGAAGUCUGUUGUUGCUAAGUUUAACGCCUCGCAAUUGAUCACGCAAAGACAACAGGUUUCCAAUUUGGUGCGCAAGGAAUUGACCGAGCGCGCUCGGGACUUCAAUAUUGUUUUGGACGAUGUAUCGAUAACAGAGCUUAGUUUCGGCAAGGAAUAUACCGCUGCGGUAGAAGCCAAGCAAGUAGCUCACCAGGAAGCUCAACGAGCUGCUUUCGUAGUGGAAAGAGCCAAGCAAGAAAAACAGCAAAAGAUUGUGCAGGCUGAGGGAGAAGCCGAAGCAGCCAAAAUGCUUGGUUUAGCUGUCGGCCAGAACCCUGGCUAUCUGAAACUGCGUAAGAUACGAGCCGCGCAGACAAUCUCGCGCACGAUCGCCAACUCUCAGAACAGAAUAUUCCUCAGUGGCAAUAGUUUGAUGUUGAAUAUUCAAGAUCCGACUUUCGACGAAGGCAGUGACAAGCUGAAAAAUCACAAAGCAUGGAGAAACUGGAAUGAGGCAGCUGACAAUGUCGCUCGGAGUUUAAGUAGUUCCCAACAAGCGCUGUUAAUUGACGAAACGCUCGGCAUCGAGGCUCGAUCAGACAGAGCAGACGUCUCAUCCUCGUCCUCUCUACUAGAACUGGCCGACGACGGUGCUAAGCGAAUAGUACCGUGAUGAAAAUAAUUCUGCGACGCGAGCAUGUCUCUAACACAGAUCCUUCUUUGUUCCGCUAUCCUGUCCAAGAACAUGUCCCGUGCAUAUUAUUUUUGAUGAUAAGUAGUGUAAGAUUCGUUUUUUUUAUCGCGCACUUGUGUUUUACAUUGUAAUUUUAUAUUUUGUACUUGGGUAAAUAGAAGUUACGGAGAAAUUUUAAAAGAAAACAAAAAAGAAAUAUAAGAUAUUAAUUACUAAAAU